CCCGCGUGAAAGUCUUGACAGGUUCUUUUCGAAGUCUUCGCGAGUGCCGGCAAACACCGUACAAGUUUUCAUCGAGUUUUACGUUAAAUCUUUUUAGUUCAAGUUCGAUAAAGCGUCUCGCGGACGUCGAAAUAAUCGAUACAUCACAUUUUAUAAAGCUGAAUCAUGGACGACGACUGGGGUACACCAUCGACAGGAGAUUUCAACCAACAGUCAUCUGGCUUCGGGGUGGCAGCAGAAGGAGGUAAAAAGUUUUCUGCCGGCAGAGGGUUCAAAGCUGCCUCUAACGAUGAUGAAGGUGGUUGGGGGUCUUCAGUAAACAAUGGCGACAAUGGGUGGUCUGAUGUAUCGGCCCAAGAAAAUGGAUUCAGAGGUGGAAGAGGUGGCCGAGGAGGACGGGGAGGAAGAGGUGGACGAGGUGGCGGCCGCGGAGGCGGCGGUGGCGGCUGGGGCGGCGACAAUAACAACGAUUCCGGCAACGACAACGGAUGGGGCGGUAACAAUGACGACGGGGGCAGACGCGGCGGCGGCAGAGGAGGCGGUCGGGGAGGUGGAAGGGGCGGCCGGGAUAGAGACGGCGGCGGCCGCGGGGGCGGCGGCGGCUGGGGAAACGACAAGGAAAGCAACGGCGGCGGGGGCGGCUGGGGCAACGAUAACGGCGGCGGCGGCGGCGAUAGUUGGGGCGACAGCGGCGGCGACGGGGAAGGCCGCGGUCGAGGACGCGGAGGCGGCAGAGGGGGGCGGGGCCGAGGAGGCGGCGGCGGAUUCGGCGAUAGAGACGGCGGCGGCGGCGGUUUCGGCGGCGAGAAUGGAGAAAACGGGGAGGAAAAGAAGAGGGAGAUUUACGUCCCUGUCGAAAGGACCACCGACGAUGAUCUUUUCACCACCACCACCAUCACUUCAGGUGUAAACUUCAUAAAACUGGACGACAUCAAGGUGGAAGUGACCGGCGAAACACCCCCCGCGCCCAUAAACUCGUUCGAAUCGUCCGGCAUGCGCCCCUUCCUGCUGGAAAACGUGAAAAAGUCCGGCUACGCGAAACCCACGCCCAUCCAAAAGUACGCGAUCCCGAUAAUCAUGGCCGGCCGCGAUCUGAUGGCGUGCGCGCAGACCGGCUCGGGCAAGACGGCCGCCUUCCUCCUGCCCAUCAUAAACAAGCUCCUCACCGCCAACGAGGCGCCCGUGACGGACGAGUGCGGCGCGCAGCCCAACGUGGUGAUCGUAUCGCCCACCAGAGAGCUCGCCAUGCAGAUACACGAGCAGGCGAAAAAAUUCGCGUACAAUUCCAUCGUGAGGGCAGUGGUUGCGUACGGGGGUACUUCGGUGUCGCACCAGAAGAACCAGGUGCUCGCCGGGUGCCACAUUUUGGUGGCCACGCCGGGCCGACUCAACGAUUUCGUUAAGCGCGGGCACGUUUCCUUCGCCUCGUGUCAGUACGUCGUUUUGGACGAGGCCGACCGCAUGUUGGACAUGGGUUUCCUGCCGACCGUAGAGGAGAUGCUCGGGAACGCUUCCAUGCCCGCAACUGGUGAAAGGCAGACUCUUAUGUUCUCCGCGACGUUCCCCGAAGAAAUUCAGCACCUGGCCGGAAAAUUCCUAAGUAACUAUAUCUUUGUGACAGUUGGUAUAGUGGGAAGUGCUUCCACUGAUGUCGAACAGAUAUUCCACCAAGUUGGUAGAUUUGAAAAGAAGGACAAACUGAUCAAUAUGCUCAAAGAAGUGAACGGCAAAGAAAAAACCGUCGUGUUCGUCGAAACGAAACGGAAUGCCGACUUCCUCGCGACUUUGCUCAGCGAGAACGACAUUCAGUCCACGAGCAUCCACGGCGACCGUUUGCAGCGCGAGCGCGAGCAGGCGCUGUGGGACUUCAAGAAGGGCAUCCGCAACGUGCUGGUGGCUACAGGCGUGGCCGCGCGCGGCCUCGACAUCGAGGGCGUGCAGCACGUGAUCAACUACGACCUGCCCAAGAGCAUCGACGAGUACGUGCACCGCAUCGGCCGUACCGGCCGGGUGGGCAACCGCGGCAAGGCGACCAGCUUCUACGACUCCUCCAACGACGGCAACCUCACCGGCGACCUCGGCACCAUCCUCAAGCAAGCUGGGCAAGAGGUUCCGGACUUUUUGAGCGGCGGCGGUUACGGCGGCGGCGCGUCGGACAAUUUCGGCGGCAGGGACAUCCGAGGCGACGACUACGGGCAGGCGCAGAACUUCUCGAAGCAGCCCGCCGAAGAGCUGGAAGACGACUGGUGAAGGGAAUAUUUCACGUGCACUGCUACAUACUUGUCGUUACGCAUUAUUUUUAAAGAAGAAUCUCGCGAAAUACUUUUUAGGUUUAUUAUCAUGUUUGCGUUCUGUUCGUUAUUUAUAAAUGAAUGAUAUUGUUUGUUUUGUUUUAAAAGCAUGUUAAUGUUAUAAGAUUGACAAGUUACGUUUAGUUUUUUAUAUGAUAGAUAUUUUAGUUGUUUUCCUAGUUGAGCCAUAUAAUGCAUCUGUGAUAUUCAAAGAAAUAAUGAUUUGUUAAGAGAAUUAUAUGGUUUUACCUGUAUAUUAUAAGGACAUUCCAAAACUUUCAAUAAAUGUUUUUUAUAAAAACUCUUUGUAUUAAAACGAAAAUAAGAU